GAGAAUCGAAAUGCGUCCUGGGGUGAGUUAUAGCACAACAAAGAAUAACGAACCGGAUACUUUUUCUUCGGUCUCUUGAACCUUCGAAGAAAGUAUCUACAUUUCCUCCUCGCACAGCCAUAAUCAAACCCAGAAAUAAACAAUUCGGAGCAAAUAUGCCACGAGCGGGCCAGAAAAAAGGAGAUCGAGACGAUACAUACAAACCCAGCAAAGAAGAAGAAGACAUCGUCGACGUCGACAUCGACAUUUUGAAACCCACCAAAGCAACGUCCAAACCAUCCAGAAUCACCAAGCCUCCCCCAAAAGGGGCUUCAAAACAAGCAUCCCAAAAAAACACACCUAAAAGCACUCCCAGAGGAACACCCAAACACACACCGCGUUCCACUCCGAAGCCACCCUCAGCAGGCGCCUACAAAAAACCCUCACCCCCACCCAAUACCCGCACUGCCGCCCCAUCAUCCAGCACGAUCGUACCCCCCUUACCCAAGAACCCGUAUUUCUGCUGCCGCAAACCGCUGCCACCGCCCUCAUCCUUCCCUCCAGCUCUCCAACCUUUCUACACUUUCCUCGUCGAUUCUCUCACUACCAUCUAUUCCGCUCCACCUUUGGAUACCCUGCCGGCUUGCAAUACCUACUAUCGCUUCUCGCAUCUUUCGCUAACGACAUGCACGGAAGUGCAUCGAUAUUUUCUCGCGUUAGAUCCGCACCAUCCAGAAGAAGGGUUUUUUGUCGAGGGGAGCGAGGAGAAUAUAUUAGGCAAGGCCGGGGCGUUGGAUGAUGAGGAUGGGGUGGAGAGGAAGCAGGAUGUGAUGAUUUUGAGUCGGAAUGCGAGAUGUGAGGAUCAUAUGAAGGAGGGAUAUUGGUAUGUUUUGAUGAAGGUGGAACAGGUUGUUGAGAAAGAGGAGCGGAAUGUUAAUGUGGGGUUUGUGGGGGUGGACACGCAGACGGAAACGGAGAUGGAGGAGUUGGAUCAUGAGAUUGAUUUGGAUUUGUAUACGUAGAGAUUGAUGGGGGGACUGGUUGGGAUCAAGUAGAGUAGGAGAUGGAAGAUUUCGGGGCUGGUUAUGUUGAGUAUGCUUUGUGUUGUGGUUUCGAAUAUACGUACGUGUCUCCAGUGUUUUAUAACCAAAUUGUUUAUCCCAGGAAAUCAGCAAAUAUGAGCUUCUGUAUCUUCUGAAAAUGAAUCGAAGAAUUCUCCA